GCCCAGGUGAGAUCCCAUGUGCAUCUGUCUUCCAUCCGGUGGUACCAUCUCGACUGGCGGUACUAAUUCCCUGAGAGAGGAGGCAGGAGACGACACCUACUUUAAAAUGGCCUCCACAACAAACUCGGCUGUCUUAAUAUGACAUGUUCUUGCCACUAUCAUCUGCAGCCCAUCUGGGUCAUAUCUGCUUCCUGUUUCAGUAUCAUUGCAGUCCAUUGAGAUUUCGAGGAACUGUUUUUGGACGAUGUCAUCCAGUGACAGAUGGCGAUGGAUCGUGCAAAUCAAGACCUUCAUACUGAACAUUCUUCCAAGUAAGUGCAGACCCGCCAUUUUGCUUGCAUGGCUUAAUGACAUACAAUUUUCCUUCUGUUGUCAUUUUGCUUUUUAAAACUCAACCUGCAGAUGUUGUGGGAUUCUUCACAUCCCCCAAAUUCUUUCGCCUGGCAACACCUGGCUAGUAAUUAUACAUAUGAUGGGCUCCUGUAAACAUGUUGUACAUGACAAGUGAUGAGUGGUGUGUUAGUAUCAUGCCUUGUGACAACCACUAGAGGGCGCGUUUGCCUGGUAUCUGGGUCAUGACUGUGCUAUAUCCAACCACACAAGUAUUAAUUUGAUUCUAGUAGUUCUCUGUUUAUUUUUUUAAGUAUCUUUUUCAGCCAGUGCAAAAAAAAAGUACAUUCAUAUUUUGGUAGUUGAGGAAAUCACAGGGGAUUGGCGCCAGAUUUUUUGCUCCAUGUUCUUCGCAAGCGCCACGUCGCUUUUACAAGGGUCUGCCUUUACAUGAGCGUCUCGUUUCCAAGCAGCAUGAGGCUCUUUUACGGGCUCCCAACGCAUAUUUUAUUUUUAGUGGUCGAUGUAGUCGAAGAGACACGUCACCACGGAAGACUGAGAUGGUAUUUAAUUAUGACAUUAAUUGAUGCUUUUAUGAAGUAGGCCUACUGUGGUGUCGCCACCAUCAGGUCACAUUGGUUUCCUUGCAGUGGCAGGACAAUAUCAGUUGGUGGCAGUAAUGUGACAUUAAGCCAACUGCCAAGAAAAAAGAAGAAAAAGAACUGACAAUACACAAGUUUUGUAUAUAUGUUUAGCAUCCACAAGCAUCGUGGAAUGCUUAAUGGCUCAACUUUCCACCAAGUAGCAGCAAGAUUUAGCUUCAUUAGUGUGUCCUGGUUAGGAAGUUUGCUUCCUCUAAUCACUCCUUAGUGCCUCUACCAUAAAAAGCAUGGCGGCGCCUCAAGGAAAAUCAUAAACUGAAUGAUCAUUUAUGUGCUGUACUUUUUUUUUUUCCCCAUGCUGUUUACACUGACAAAAAGUGUUGGCGCACUCGUCAUCGGUUAAAUGGAAAUGGAUGAAACCCAGUUAAAUUAUUAAUCAGAGACAGAAUAUUGUGCCUUCAAAACUCUAAUCUAAAAGCAAAAUCUAUUUUUCAAACUGUUACACACCUUUGCUUUAAAUCUUAACCUGGAAUCGUAGGUCAGGCUUCAAGCUUGAAUAUGAAACCACUUCCUUGGCCCAAAUUUGAAACCCUAAUCCUAAUUUGAAACCCAAAGUUUUUGUUUCAACCCUAGUUUCAAACACUAAUUUGAAACCCAAAUCCUAAUUUGAAGCUGUUCUAAUUCUUAAACUAACCCCAAACCCUAAUUUGUAACCUUAAUGCUGUCGUGAAAACCACUAUUUCAAACCCUAACCCAAAAUUGGACCCCCCAACUCAAAUUUGAAAGCUAAUUUGUGGAGUGGCAUUCCUCAGGGAAAUGUAAUAGGCCCAUGCAUUAUCUAUAGAGAAACUUGCAGAACAAUAUCUUUGUGUUAUCAUCCCGGAUAAGGACCAUUUUGCAAGGCUCCUGUUUGGUUUUGACAGCGGUGUGCUGUAUCUAUGUGGAUUUAAUAGCUAACAGCUGUUCACUUCCACCCAAUAAGCCCAUUAUGUAAAUGUAAAAAUUCAACUGAUGGCAAAAACCUGCCAGGAAAGAACACUUCUCUUGUUAACACAUCCCUCCGCACCACUCGGCUUCUAAUGACAGGGCUGCCGCUGGUCGGGGCGGCGGCCAAUCCAGCCAGCAAUUCUCAUGGCGUUGUCGUUUUCAUUUUUAAUGAUCUGUUAGGGGGUGGGGGGCUCCUUAAAACCACCGCCCCUGCUUGCCUCUCCCAUACUGUAUAGGGGGCCAGACAGCUAAGGCCAACAAGCAGAAGAGGAGCCCAAGACAGAGACCCCUUCAACACCAGCGCAGGAAGAGCCUCAAAACGAGCAUGGCGUCGCCUUCCCUGAUCCACGUUGGAUUCCUUCUAGCCAUCGUUUUCUUACCAGAGUUCCUCGGGGCCGUCCCACUGGAGCAGCGCAAGGAGGAUGAAGUUGGUGUUGUGUCUGAUGACGUGAAGGCUGAGGUGGUGGCCAACCUGAGGACGUUGGCGCGCCACAGGAGGAACGCGCCCGUUAUGGCGGUGCCCCAGUUCCAGCACUCUCCAGACUUCUGGGGCUGGUACAAGUACUUCAUGGACAGCCACAACCAGGAGGGGGUUGAGGAUCUGGACCGUCUGUACGUGGCGUACCUUCAGAACAAGCACCGGACGGAAGAGGGCCCCACCUUCAACCACUACCUCAAACACCUGAGCGAAAUCUACAAGGCGUGCGCCGACUCUGACGACCCAGAAUGCAUUGCAGAGUCUACCAGCAAGCCCAAGGCGGCCAUGGUGAUGCCUGCUCCCGUCAAGUCCGCCGCCGCCCAGAUCUGCAACCCCUACGUGGACCCCUACUGCCUCUUCCCGCUGACCUCCAAGGCUGCCGCUGCCCCGGCGCCGGCCCCAGCCAAGGCGCCCGCCCCCAUCCUGCCCAUGGCUCUGAAGAGCCCCACAGGCUUCUAUCACUACGCCCCCAUCCUGGAGCCCUUCCUAAGCCACGAACAGAAGGCUGAGCUGCUGCGAAUCUGCAACCAUGACGACGUCGAGUGUCUUCAGUACCACCUGAGGGCGGCGUACGGCUACCGACCCGCUGCCGGUCCCGCUCUGUCCUACGCUGCCCUCAAAUGUGACCCCAAGGACCCUUAUUGCAAGCCAAUGAUGGUUCAAAAGGCCCCCACUGGGUAUUACCAUCGUCUCUACCCAACCUGCGACCCGGCGGAUCCCCUUUGCGUGGCCUCGCCCGCCGGCCUGGGCGUCGACUCGGCGCCUCAGGAGCAGCAUUGCAACCCGCUUUUUGACGCCGGUUGCAACCCACUAACCGCCACCAAGCCCGUGCUGGAGUAUGCUCCCAAAGGCCAGCCCGCCCACGUCACCGCCCCCCUGACCUGCGACCCCCGCUACGAUCCCUACUGCAUACUGGCGGCCGCCGCUGCCCUGCGCAAGUCCCAACCACAACUCCCCGAGCAACAGGUCGGCUACAAGCUGGGCAUCCGCGGCAAGACCAAAGAGGGCUACGAUUGCUAUGUGCACUAUGACAAAGACUGCACCCCGAUCGACCCCCAGCAGAAGGCCCAGGCUCCACCUGAGCCCCGCUGCCAUCCCUUUGACCCCACCUGCAACAAGUUUGCGCCACCCUCCGCUGUCCAAGCCCGGGGACCCGGCAAGGGUGGUGUCAUCCUGCCGGACCCCCACUGCGACCCUGAGCUCGACUACAACUGUCGCCUGCGUCUCGCCGACACAGACGACGAAGAGAAAGAGGUUUCCCGGCCCGUCCAGAAAUCAACCAAGGAGGCCACAAAAUCCGCCGUCCCUCGUUUUGAGCACUUCCUCUGGGGCAUCAUGAGCCAGCGCAAGAUUUAAACCAAAAAUCACAGCAUAACAUGAAGCAACUUCAAUAAUGUGAGUUUUUUUUUUUUUUUUUUAAACAACAGUACAGUUAAAAGAAUGUUAGCUAGAUACUGUUAGGUUGCAACAAGUGUUGUACAUUCCUUUGUCAAGAUACCCAAAGUGUAUUUAAUAUUGGUUUUCUGCCCCAGCCGCUUCAUUUAUUCCGUUUUGAUGAAGUUCUUAAUAAAAACUAAAGCUGAAUGGG